UUUGGGUUCUCGAUGGGCCUCCUUUUCUUCAUGGUCAGUCCCGACCUCUCCUUUUCUGUCCCCAGCAUCUGCAUCAUUUCUCACAACUUUUGUACUCUUUCUUUGAGGUUAUAACCCGGGACUUUUUAUUGAAUUGCUGUCGAUUUUCUGCGAGUUUCCCGCCUCAGCGGCUUUUGGGCGCAAAGCCCCUUUGUUACAUCCAAUCUAAUCACGAGCUCAGCGCAGCUUCACCUAGCGGCACGACGCGGCUCCCGGUCAACCACUUUUUGUCCAAACUUUGGAUACUGGCCAGCCUUUUCACUGUUCUCUAUGGAGGUGCUUUGAUAUCUUUAUGCACUGCUUCAGUCCGACUUUCACCCCAUGUCCUCAUAACUUAUACAACACGAUCCUAAGCCCGUCGAAACCAUGAGUGCAUACGCGCGAGAGGGCAGCCCGUAUGGGUAUGGCUCUAAUAGGAUGUCACCCCCAGCACCGAGCCCACGCGGGAAGAUCUUCGUUGAGGGUUACCGCAGCGAUAUAAUAAACGGCUUUGAAAAGGAUAAUCAAUUGUAUAAUCCGAUGAACCCUGAUCGACCGCAAAGUUCAGCGCUUGUCGACCUCCGUGACCCGAUUCAGGUACAUCUCUUAACCGAAACAGCCCUCUCUGAUAGCAAAGAGUAUACGAUUCUGUCACAAGAAGAGGUGGACGACCUCAAAAAGCAAAGCCAGUCCUUGUCACAGCGUGUCGAGUCAACCCGGCAAAACCUGACCAUUCAGUCCAAAUACCGAGAUGCUGCAAUCUCGAUGGCGCGACUAUAUAAUCCCGGAAAACCGGAUGGGAAGCGAAGGAGCCUACUGGGUCGCAACAGCGGUGAUCAUGCCCGCGCAAAGGAAGCCGAGGCGGAAAGACAGGCGAGCGAGCGGAAAUGCGAAGAAUUGGCGGCGGAGCUCUUCAACCUUGAGAAGCGACUUAUGGAGCCCCAAAGACGCCUACUGGAACAUACUGCUGGUAUUCUUCAACUCACUCACAAGGCCUCGAAUAAGAAGAAGGAUCUUACUCCUCCACUUCAACCACUUAAUGGCAUGCCUGGCAGCCCGGAGAGCCUAUAUACUUAUACACGCAACAGUAUGGAUCGCGCCGGAGACGAGCACUACUUCAACGAUAAUGACUAUUACGACCAAGCCAAUGGAGUCUCAACGAGAGGGCAACCCCGUCAGCAACCCAUAGAGAUACCCCUUAAAUCGCCGAUUCGGGAACACAAUCAGCUAAGAGAUGAGAUGGAGAAGAUGAAGGAUGAGAAUCUACACCUACAAGGCCAAGCCAAUUCUUUGGUCAAGUCGAUAACGGAAAUGGAGGUUCGACUUGAGAAUUUGAACGGCUCUUUGCGAGAUGCGAUUGUUCGCUUCAAUCCUUCCAAGAACGAAGACUAUUAUGACCCCCCCUUUGGAGUUUCAGGAAUGAAGCCAGGAGAGCUCCUCAACAAUCAGUUGGAUUAUCUUGAAAUGGGUCUCAAUGCCAUCGAGGUCGAACAAGAAGAGUCUUCUGGUGAAACUAUCAAGACUGACGGCGCUUUCGAGAAACGCAUCGAAUCCCUAAACCAGCAAGUUCGAGAUCUACUCCUGACAGUGGAUCCGAGUUACCCGGCCGUACCUCAUUCACCACAAGACAAUUUUGAGACGAAACUUGACUAUCUUGAAGAUGCAUUACGCGCUGCCGACUCGGAGCUAGAACGCGCCGUUCAGGCAGCUCAGGCCGGGCCACCAGAGAAGCAGGACAGUGAUCAGGUUGAGAGAAUCUUGAUGAACUUGUGGAACAUGAUGCAGACAGGCUUCGCCAAGAUUAAGAAGGAGAAAGAGGAGCGUCGAAGGGCUCGCAUGGAGAGAGGCUACGAGGAUGAAGAAGUUUCUGAUGAUGAAUUCGAUAUCGAGGAGGCUUUCAGUCUUCCCGGAUUCUCCAACCGUGUUCAGUGGCUGUACUCUCAGGCCACUACACUCAAGGAUCAGAAGUCUGUGCUCAAGCGACAGAUCAAGCAGCAGCGCGAGCUCAAUAACAAAUCAGACGCCGAGAAGGAUGAAGAGCUAGCAAGGAAACAAGAGGAGCUGGAUGAGACACAAGUGCUACUGGCUCGCGCUGAGAGAGAUGCGAUGACUGCCCAGACAAUGCUCUCAGAGACCCUUGAAGAACUCGAAAGUGCCCGUAGUGUUGCGCACAACGUUGGCCCCUCAAAGGCUGAAGCCGAGGGUAGCAGCAGGAAGGCUGCCGAGCUGGAAGCAGACGUGAAACGUCUUCAGGCUGACUUAGCUGGCGCUGCCGGUGCGGCGGGUGCAGCUCACGCUCAACUCGAGGAACGGGAUGAGAAGAUCGUCAAGCUAGAGAGGGAUCUCGACCAGCUCAAGUCCGACCUUGCUAGCGCGGCAGCUUCGGCAGCUGCCGCGCAGUCUCAAAUUGAGGACCGUGAAAGCAAGAUCACUGCCCUUGAGGCAGAGUUGGACUACCUGGAGACGGCCCAGAGUGAAAUCGAGGAACGGAACAAAAGGAUUGCAGCCCUCCAAUCCGAGCUUGAGCAGGCCAAUGCUGCUCAUGUACAGAUCGAAGAGCGGGACGCGAAGAUUGCUACUCUUCACACCGAGGUUCAAGAAGCCAAUACCCUACGAGACCAGGUUGAGGUGCACAGUGCGACGAUUGCUACCCUGAAGGCCGAGCUAGAGAAGACAAAUGACCUUGAAGCCCGCCUUGAAGAACGAAAUGCAAGGGUCACUCAUCUCGAGUCUGACAUGGAACUUCUUCAAGCAGACUUGGCGGGAGCUGCGGGAGCUGCAGGGGCCGCUCAAGCUCAGCUUGAGGAGCGAAACAGCAAGAUCGCAGCUCUUGAGUCCGACAUCAAACAACUCGAAGAGAGGCUGUCCGCUGCCGAGUCUUCAAGCAACAAUACUCGCAAUCAGUUGACUGGUGUCGAUUCAGUAAUCGAUGCUCUUAACGCGCAGCUUGAUGAAGUGAACCGAUCAAAGCAAAUGGCAGAAGACAAUGCCAGGUCCUUGCAGCAACGAGUGGAUAGCCAAAAGGAAGAGCUGGCAACCAAAAAGAAGAUGCUGAAAGAUAAGGAGGAUGAACUUGAGCUUCUUAACAUGAACCUCGUAGAGAUGAAGACGGAGCUCACGAUUGCCCAAGCGGAACUGGACGGAGCCUAUGGAUCCCGUGCAGAGAGGGCCGCUGAUGUUGCAGCUAUCAAGACUAGUGGCGAGGUGAUGAAGCUCCAGAACCAGCUCACAAGGCUAAAGAAUGAGUUAGCUGGAACUGUUCAAGAGCUGGAGGAGGUCACAAGGGAGACACUCAGUGCCGAACGAGAAAAGAUAGAGCUUGAGAACAAGCUUCAGGAUGUCCAAUCGGCAAAGAAGACUCUUGAAGGAGAGGUUAUGACACUGCGCCAGCGCCUCGAGGCAGAUAUGGAGAAGGCCCGUGAGCAUAUCGCCAAGCUACAAGAGGAUCUUGAUGGCGAACGACUUCGGGCAAUCCCACCAAAUGGUGGUGUUGGCAGAGGAGCCUCGAUGCUGAGUGAGCAAUUCAGGGCCACGAUGCGUGAAGAGAGGAAGAAGUUCCAAGAGAGCCUCAAGGAGGAACGUGCUAGAGCACGCCAGCUGGAGGAAGAGCUUGCUAAGUUCAAGCGGGAUCAGGGGUCUGCCAGAGCUUCCCUGAACCCUCAAUGAGUUGGCCCCUGAGAUGUCGGGGUUAUAUAUUAAGCUCCGCCGCUAUGGAAGCUGUGGCCAAUCUUGACUGCCGGGGUUUCUUUUUUGCAGUUGAUACUUUCAACGGCAACAAGUUAGAUUUGGUGAUUUUAGAUACCAGUUCAUGUUUUUUUAGGCUGGGAGCAAAAUAUGCAAGUUGCUCUUGCAGGGGGGUUCCAAGAGCUAAUGUGAAUUGGAUGAAUCCAUGAUUCUUAAAAGUCGGGAGCAAAAAGGGGAACUUGUUGAUAGAAUAUUGGAGCUGGACAUUGACCGGGAAACUUUGAGUGAGAGACGGCAGUCUUGACCUGAUUAACCAUUCGAUGCUUACGAUUUUGCUGCCUGUUAUGAAGCUUUCCGUGAACAUGGCAUGAAAUGUCGAGACUUUGGCGUCCCGUUGUCAUGUUGACGCGCCAUGGAUGAAUAAGCUCUAACCAUCUCCCGUGAAGCCGACCCCACUGCACCAUGCGAUAGUGCGUCUUCCAUGUGUUUAUUACUUAUUAAACGGGCUUAACAAAAAGAGCUGGACAUAGAUGGAACUGUCUCAUUGUACAAGCAGACUCCAAAUGGGAAUCCCGUAUUUCCUUUGAACUUAACUCGCGUAA